AUGAGUUUAAAAUUCAGCACUCUCGAUGUUUUCACCAAAACUGCCUACAAAGGCAAUCCGCUGGCCGUGGUAACCAUCCCACCAAACCAGCAGCCUCCCCUCACGCAGACUCAAAAGCAGCAAAUCGCCCGCGAGUUUAACCUUUCGGAAACAGUUUUUGUUCAUGACGUUGAAAAUCCGUCAGAGACAUCGGAGAGAAAAAUUGAUAUCUUUACUCCAAAAUGGGAAUUACCAUUCGCGGGCCAUCCCACCAUUGGCACUGCGGUCUUCCUACGCUCCCAGGGUGUCAAGACGAUGGUCGUGAAAGCCGGGAGGAUUGACAUCGACUUUGACCAGCAUGGCUCUGCUCGAGCUUCCAUCCCGCAUGAUGUCAGACUCCACGAGGCACGUCUACCACAACCUCAAUACGAAACCGGUGAUGAGCAACUUGCCAAAGUCGCCGCAGCUGAAGAAGGCGCACCGCUCUUCAGCAUCGUCAACGGAAUGACAUUCGCCCUAAUCGAACUCCCCUCUCUGGAAAUGCUAGGAGCCGCAAAAGUCGGAGCAAUGGGCCUCAUUUCCGGCGACUUGCAGGACGAAGGAUGGAAGCACGAUUUCGACUCCAGGCGAUACUACUUCGUGCUUGUAAGCGGUGAGCAAUCAUCCGACGGGAAGAAAUACGUGCAGAACCUUCGAGCAAGACUCGUAAAGCGCGCGAUGGAAGAUCCGGCCACGGGAAGCGCUGCAUGUGCGUUGGCUUGUUACCUGGCUUUGUAUAAGCUUGAUGCGGAUACUGUUCAGUUUAGGAUUACUCAGGGUGUUGAGAUGGGAAGAAAAUCUCUUAUUGUUGUUGAUGUGGAGAUUGAGAUGGAUGGUGCUGGGUUGCGAAAGGUCAAGACGGUGUAUCUUGGUGGAAAUGCUGUCGAGGUUAUGAGCGGGUCGCUUCGGGUGCCUGAAGUUUGA